ACGCUUUCGUUUCGGUAUUUAUUACCUGGUCUGAUGUUACCUGGGUUCCCCUCAGGAUUUUCUUGUGUGCCGGUGGCAGGACCCGGGGGAAUGGCCUGAAGCUGUGUUAGAGCAGGUUCAGGCUGGAUUUCAGGAAAAGGUUCUUCACCCAGAGGUGGUUGGGCCCUGGAACAGCUCCCUAGGGAAGCGGUCACAGCAGCAGCCUGACAGAGCUCAAGGAGCAUUUCCACAGUGCUCUCAGGCACAUGGUGUGACCCUUGGGGAUAGUCCUGUGCAGGGCCAGGAGCUGGACGUGAUGAUCCCUGGGCAUCCCUUCUGACUUGGAUUAUUCUGUGAUUCUGUGAUCCUGCAGUCUGUUCUCCUUUCAGCUCCCUGCUUGGCCUUACUGCCCCGUGCAAGCUGACAGUGACCACUUUUGUGUCAGCCUUCCUGAAUUUCCUUAGCACACUUGCACUACCACCUGUUCUAAAACUCCUGUGGUUCUCCUUUGCUUGUAUUUUUCAUAGUGUUUGCUGUGGAAAUAAGCCUUCUGCUCCUCUGUUUCUGCUGUCCCACAGACUGUUAGCACGUGGUAAUUAACUUUCAUCAAAGAAGAGAAUAAGGCUCGGUAUUGUGGUAGUUAGUGGCUGGAUACUGUCACACACAAGAGAAGGAAAGUUAAAAUCAUGGCACUGAAACAGAUUUCCAGCAACAAAUGUUUUGAAGGUUUCCAGAAAGUGUUUGAACACGACAGUGCAGAGCUAAAAUGCAAAAUGAAAUUUGGAAUCUACUUGCCUCCAAAAGCUGAAACUGGGAAGUGUCCUGUGCUGUAUUGGCUCUCAGGGCUGACCUGCACAGAACAGAAUUUCAUAACGAAAGCCGCGUUUCAGCAAGCGGCAGCCCAGCACGGCCUUAUUGUGGUGGCACCAGACACGAGCCCACGUGGCUGUAAUAUUGAAGGAGAAGAUGAAAGCUGGGAUUUUGGCACUGGUGCUGGUUUUUAUGUGGAUGCCACUGAAGAUCCUUGGAAAACAAACUACAGGAUGUAUUCCUACAUAAAGGAUGAGCUGCCUAAACUAAUAAAUGCCAAUUUUCCAACUGACCCUGAACGAAUGUCUAUUUUUGGGCAUUCCAUGGGAGGUCAUGGAGCUCUUAUUCUUGCUCUGAAGAAUCCUGGGAAGUACAAAUCUGUGUCAGCAUUUGCUCCUAUCUGCAACCCAAUUCAGUGUCAGUGGGGGAAGAAAGCCCUUGGUGGAUAUCUGGGACCAGAUGCAAGCAAAUGGGAGGCCUAUGAUGCUACACAGCUUGUGAAGUCCUACUCGGGCGCUCGCCUUGACAUCUUGAUUGACCAAGGCAAAGAUGACCAGUUCCUGUCUGCAGGCCAGUUGCUGCCUGAUAACUUCAUCGCUGCCUGCACCGAGCGGAAGAUCCCAGUAGUCUUCAGACUGCAGCAGGGUUAUGAUCACAGCUAUUAUUUCAUUGCUUCAUUUAUUAAUGACCACAUCAAGCACCAUGCAAAAUACCUCAAUGCUUGAACCAUUUAGAUGUGAGUGCUGCCUGGACAAUACGAAUCAAGAGAUAGUGGUGAACUAAACAAAAAUCAUUUGCUGAAGUAAUAUUUGUAAAAUGGAACUCUUCUGAUUGUACUUCUAAGAAAAAUAAAAGUCCCACUUAAUUUGA